GUAAACUAUAAAGGGCUCGCUGGCUAGCCUUGCAAAAGCCAGUAGCCAUUUGCAAAAGCUCUACCUCGAAAUCGACCUACUCAUGGCUCGUCUCUUCUUUCUCACCCUCGCUGCCCUCGCCGCCAGCUGCGCGUUCGCACAGACUCUCCUCGACUGCGGCGAGUCGCAGUACAAUCCGGCCGACUAUACCUGCUUCGACGGGGACUUCCUGUGCCCCAUCCUUGACCCGCAGGGCUUCAACGAUGUGGAUGUGCUGCUCCGCUGCGGCGACGCGUGCUACUCGACGAACCACUACACGUGCAACGGAACGACGCUGGAGACGGUGCCCAUCGGCUCGAACUUGCUGGAGCAGUGCGGCGAUGCGCGGUUCUACACCCAGGACUACGUGUGCAUCGACGAAACCUUCCUGUGCCCCAUCGUCGACCGCGUCGGGUAUCUGCGCUGCGGUGACGCGUGUUACUCGCCCUUCGACUACAAAUGCACUGACAACGCGCUUGUCCCGCUCCCGCCGAAAGGCUGCGUGAGUCAGGGCGGGCAGGAUGUGUGGUGCAACAACGAGGGCUGCUUCACCCUGCCGUGCUGCGCGGGCCUCUUCUCCAUCGCGGACAAGUGUCGCUCUCCAUGCGAGUUCGGAGAAUGCUGAACAUCGGCACGUGAAUUUCCAAGGACGCCGUUCGGGGAUCAAGUCACUUUCAAGGCAGAUUUUUAUUUGGAAUCGGGGGUUGGUGGUUGAUUAAUAUUUCAAUAUGUGAGACAGUAUUGGUGUAAAUUAUUUUAAAUUCGUGGUCAAAAUUCAAGUUUUGGAGGAAUAUGAGAACGGAUCCUACCUUCUCAUGUCGAA